CUUUUUGAAAACAGAUUACAAUAUUUCAUGGRAGUUUCGUAUCGUUUUACAAUAAUUUGCUGCAGUUAUGUAUAAUUCACAAUACAAUUUCUAUUUUAAAAUUCUAGUGGGAAUUCUUUAAUAUUAAUAGCAUUUCUGGUCUUGGAGUAUUGAUAACCGCAAUUUUAGAAACAUAACGUUGAUCAUUCAUAAUUUUACAGUUAUUAGAUUUAUUAAUUCUUAUUAGUUACUAAAUAUCAAUUUACUAUUAAGGUAGGGUAGUAUUGUACAAUUUUACCGUUGUUCGUUGAUGUGAUAAAUGACAAAUUUAUUAUUCGUACGAUUGUAUUUGAGAACCGCAAGGGGUCGUUGGACUAUUUUAGUAAAAUUAAUAAUCAACUGUGACAGGACGUUCACUUAGCUUGGUAGAGAAAGUAUCUUCUCUACUUUUUGGAUGUAUGUGUAAAAAAAACCACUGGCGAAGUGUAGUCGAGCGAUGAGAAAUUAUAAAACAAUAUCGUUGGUAAAAGGUAUUUACUAUGUUUACUCUCGUCUCUCAUCAGUCGUCGAAAAUCUGAAAUCACAAUAAAAAUUUAUGACCGAAAAGGCAAAACGAUCAGACACUGAUGUAAUUGUUGACGAAUCGGAUAUAGAUAUAUAAAUUGUCAUUUAUUCAUAGGUAGACGUAUUAUAUUUCGGUGAUAUCCAUGUUCCCAUCGUGCAGACGUCCGUAUUACCUAGUUUUACGAAAAGUGGAUCGCAAAUCGUAAACGUAUUUACCGGGUGACCACUCACGCUCAUUACCAGUAAUCAUUUACAUAGUCGGCACAAUUCAUUGAAGCGUAUUAUUUCCAUUUUUGCCAACGGCUAACAAGCCAAAAUGGCUACAAGGGACGCCGAUCGGCCAGAUGAGUCUGGAAUACUGGAUUGACUAGAACAUACAUUGAAAUACAUCGUAGAUCUAAAUGAUMAGUGUCUGUAAAACAUUUCUUGUCGAUGACAAUCAUGGUGAGCAACGACGACAGAUCGGAAGAUUAACACGAGGCAAAUCGAAGAUAUCUUUUCUCUCCUUUUUGAAAAUCAUUAAACGGAUACGGAUCACCCGUAGCGUUGGUGGUAGUGGCGGUGUGUAGUGUGGACUACGUGACAUUUUAGAAAUGUGAGAUGGACGUCCGGCAUUCAAAACUCAAUCCUUAGCUCUUGACAAUGCAACGAACAUUUUCAAUUUUUAACGUUCGAUAAUUAUGUUUUAGAUUCGAUACUUUUUUCAAUCAAGUUGUUAUAAAUUUUUAUUGAAAGUGUUUUUAUCUCGGUUUAAGUAAGUAAUUAUAAUUGUUUUUUUAUAUAUUCGUAUAUAAUAUAUAUUAUUUAUAUAUUAUAGUAUAAUAUUAAAAUGAGUGUUAAAAGAGAUGUUAAGUGUAAACUUGAAAUUGAUGAACCAAAACAAAAAGAAUGUCCUGAAGGAAAAUUUAUUGAUCCUGUUAGUCUUAUGGAAAAGGGCAAAUUCGUUUUUAAGGUUCCACCUGAAGCUCCUGUUUUUGAGCCUACUGCAGAAGAAUUUAAAGAUCCAUUAAAAUAUAUUGCUAAAAUUAGAAGUGUAGCUCAAGAACAUGGUAUUUGUAAAAUAAGACCUCCAUCUAAUUGGCAUCCUCCAUUUUGUGUUGAUGUUGAUAACUUUAAAUUUACACCUAGGAUUCAAAAACUAAAUGAACUCGAUGCGAGUACUAGAGUUAAGCUCAAUUUCUUGGAAAAAAUUGCUAAGUAUUGGCAUUUACAAGGGAUUCGUAUUAAAAUACCAGUAUUAGAACAAAGAGCUGUAGAUUUAUAUUCUCUUUAUAAAAUUGUAGAAUUUGAAGGAGGUUUUGAUGAAGUAUGUUUGGCGAAAAAAUGGGGAAAAGUGGCAAGUCGUAUGGGUUAUGUUUGUGAAAAAUCUUCUGGUACAGUUUUAAAAAGUCAUCACGAGAGGUGGCUUAAUCCAUUUUCACUUUUUCAUGCCACUAUUAAAGAUGAAAUUUAUAACAAACCAAUAAAAAGAGAGAGUAAAGUUGCAGAUAUUAAAGUAGAAAGUUCUUCUGUUUCAAAUUCACCUACUAAACGAGCUAGACUCAGCCCAGAUGAUGAAAAUGAAUCUGAUGAUUAUAUAAAGGAUCCCUUUUAUCUAAUGGAAAAUAAAGAAUUAAGGAAAUUACAAUUUUUUGGUGCUGGUCCCAAGAUGGCAGGAUUUAGUUCCAAAUGUAGAAUAGGACAUUUAAAGUCAAAAGAGUCAAAAAAGUCUAAAAAAAGAAGUAAACCUACCGUUGAUUAUUUGGAUAAAUAUUAUUGUCAAAAAUGUGGAAGUGGUAAAUCUGAGGAAACUAUUUUAAUUUGUGAUGGAUGUGAUUUAAGUUUCCACAUGCAAUGUUUAAUUAUACCAUUAACUACUGUUCCCAAAGGAGAAUGGAGAUGUCAUAAAUGUGUGAUCAAUGAAGUGAUCAAACCUAGUGAUGCUUUUGGAUUUGAACAAGCUCAGCGUGAGUACACACUUCAACAAUUUGGAGAAAUGGCAGACCAAUUUAAAUCUAAAUAUUUUAAUAUGCCAGUUCAUCUUGUGCCUACAAGUAAAGUUGAACAGGAGUAUUGGAAAAUCGUUUCAUCUAUUGAUUCCACAGUAAUAGCAGAAUAUGGUGCUGAUUUACACACUAUGGAUCAUGGAUCAGGAUUUCCUACAGGUCUAGCACUUUGUGGAAAUGAAGAUAAUACUUUUUACAAGUCGUACAUAGAAGAUCAUUGGAAUUUAAAUAAUAUACCUAUUCUUAAAGAUUCUGUUCUUAGUUUUAUUAAUGCUGAUAUAUCUGGUAUGAAAAUUCCAUGGAUGUAUGUUGGUAUGUGUUUUUCUACAUUUUGUUGGCAUAACGAAGAUCAUUGGAGCUAUUCGAUCAACUAUUUACAUUGGGGUGAACCAAAAACAUGGUAUGGAGUACCAGGAGCUUCUGCUGAAGCUUUUGAAGAAGUAAUGAAAGAAACAACACCAGAAUUAUUUCAUUCUCAGCCAGAUCUCUUACAUCAGUUGGUUACUAUUCUGAAUCCAAAUAUACUGAUGAAAGCAAAUGUUCCAAUUUAUCGAACUGAUCAAAAUGCUGGAGAAUUUGUCGUUACUUUUCCAAGAUCUUACCAUACUGGAUUUAAUCAAGGAUAUAACUUUGCUGAAGCUGUGAAUUUUGCUCCUGCUGAUUGGAUUUCAAUAGGUCGCGAAUGUGUUAAUCAUUAUUCCUCACUUAAACGAAUAUGUGUAUUUUCCCAUGAUGAACUUAUAUGUAAAAUGGUAAACUCUUGUGAUGACUUAGCACCAAAAGCCGCUGAACUUGUAUAUGAUGAUUUGAAUGAAAUGGUGAAGUUUGAAAGAGUUCAACGCAAAGCACUUUUAGAUUGGGGUGUUACUGAAGCAGAUUUUGUCGAAUUUGAACACCAAGUAGAUGACCUUAGACAAUGUAUGGUCUGUAAUACAACUCUAUAUGUAUCUGCUGUAUCCUGUUCAUGUGAUCCAAAAAGAUUGGCUUGUCUUCGCCAUUUUAAACAACUUUGUGAUUGUCCUGCACAAAUGCACGUGUUCAAAUAUAGGUACACUCUUGAUGAAUUUCCACCCCUAUUACGAAAAGUUAAAGCUAAGGCUGAACAAGCAUAUGAUGAUUGAAUCUAUUUACAUUAAUGUUUUUAUGGCUGAAAACAAUUUAAGUUGUUAUUGACAAAUAUAACUGAAAUAUGAAAAUAAAGAAACAAAUAUCAAACUUGGUUUAAUAUAAAAUAUGUUAAAAAACUAUAUUUUUGCAUCUCAUAGUUAUGUUUAUUUAAGUCUCUUUAGUUUAGAAAUUGAUUGUUUGCCCUAAAUAUUAAAGACGAUUAAGUAUUUUAAAAUCU